GUGCUGGAUAAGCCUUUUGCUUCGUUCUCACUUCCUUCCUCAUCCAAAAAAGAGACCUCCAUUUUCAAUGGCGACAGCAUCAGCUCUCUCUUCACUCUCUUCACUCUCACUCCACACCCGAACCACCUCUUCUCUCAUCUCCUCCUCCUCCAAAAAACCCAUCGUUUCCUUCUCCUCCUUCCUCAACCGCCGCGUCUCAUCUCUCACUCUCGUCAAAGCCUCAUCGAACGAAACCGAAACUUUCUUCUUCGAAGACGAAACACCAGAAGUAACCGCCAAUGUCGUAUUCGACCCACCAAUUGCUCCCGAAGGAUUCGUCGCUCCUCCUUAUUUCGACGAAGGAAGCGACGAGACAGAGGAAGAGAUCGCGACGGCUUUUGAAGAGCUAUACGGUCCUGCGUAUAGUGGUGAGAGUAUGCUUGGGAAAGACAUUUAUGUGAUGGAUUCGAAGCAUAAGAAAAGUACAGGUAUUGGUGGAAAGCUGAAGAAAGAUAAGAUUAGAGAUGGGUUUGAAGAGAGAGUUGUGCAAGUUAGGAGAGUGACUAAGGUUGUUAAAGGUGGGAAGCAAUUGAAGUUUAGAGCUAUUGUUGUUGUUGGUGAUAAGCAGGGGAAUGUUGGUGUUGGUUGUGCUAAGGCUAAAGAAGUUGUUGCUGCUGUUCAGAAAUCUGCCAUUGAUGCUAGGAGAAACAUUGUUCAAGUUCCUAUGACUAAGUACUCCACUUUCCCCCACAGAUCAGAGGGUGAUUAUGGAGCAGCCAAGGUGAUGCUUAGACCGGCUUCACCAGGUACUGGUGUGAUUGCUGGAGGAGCUGUCAGGAUCGUGCUAGAGAUGGCAGGAGUUGAGAAUGCAUUGGGGAAACAGCUCGGAAGCAACAAUGCUCUCAACAAUGCGAGAGCCACUCUUGCGGCAGUGCAACAGAUGAGACAGUUCCGCGAUGUUGCUCAAGAGCGUGGAAUCCCAAUGGAAGAACUCUGGAAGUGAAAACUCAUCUUCGCUUUAACCUUUUCAUCCUCUUUUGUUGAGAUUCUUGUAAAAUCAAGAGGCAUGAUUUGU